AUGGAAACUAGAUGUCUACAGACGUCUUAUUUCCCAGAGGAUCACACAGGGCAGAACAUCGCUGCUGGACUGAGACAAGCGAUGGCUGCUCGGAACCUAGAUGGAGGGGAAACUCAUCUGCAUGACCACAGACAACGCCCGCAAUGCAACACUGGCUGCUCAUCUCAACGCUGGAUGAGGCUUCAGUGCUUCGGACACAGACUCCAUUUGGCCAUAGAGAGAGCCAUGAAAGAUGCUAGGACUGAUCGGGCAAUUGGGGUCUGCAAGGAGGUGGUCGGCACCUUCUCCUACAGUUGGAAAAAGAAGAAGGAGCUGGCCAAGGCGCAGAAGGCCCUGAGUCUGCCUGAACACUCACUAAAGACUGAGUGUCCAACAAGAUGGGGUUCAAGGCAGGCAAUGGUUUCCAGAGUCCUCGAGCAGCAGAAGGCUAUUGCCCAGGUCCUCUCUCAAGACAGGGCAAGCCGGCACUUCAUCCCCACAUGGCAGGACAUUGAUGUCCUUGAGGCCGUCAGCAAGACCCUGGGCCCUCUGGUUGGUUUCACCGAUGCUCUUUCUGGUGAAAAAUAUGAGACUCCAGUGAUGCAGAUGCCUGCUGAAUCUGAUGACACAGAACAAGCACAGAAGAAGAGGAGGAAGAAGGGCCUGGGCAGUUUCUUGGAGGUCCCUGAGAGCACUUCUCCAGGUGGUGCGGGGCUUUGCAUCCAGACGAGGCCAUAGCCUUAGAGCUGCAGGCCUACCUCCAGGCAGAGACUCUUGACACUGAGGAAGACCCCCUGGAGUGGUGGAAGCAAUCCCAGAAGCUCUUUCCAAAGUUGUCCCUCCUUGCGAAGAAAUUAAUUUGCAUCCCAGCCACAAGUGCCUCUUUGGAACGGGUCUUCAGCACAGGUGG